AUGAUGAUUUAUACCGCUAUGCAAGAUAUACUUUCAGAUGAAUUUAAAUUGGAUGAAAUUGAUGAAGAAGAUGAUAUUAAAAUAGAUGAAGAAGAUAUUGUUGAUACAGAAAAUGAUAGUCAAUUUGAUUUUAAAAAUAAUGAAAUACAAAUUGAAAAUUUUAUAAAUUUAAGAGAUAAAGAAUUAGCUAAAUUAUUAAAAACACAGGAGAUUCGAGUAGUUAUUGAACCAAUAAUUAUUGAUUAUGAUAAAAAAGAAUUUGAUUUAAAUAGUUUAUUAGAUCAAAACCUUGGUAAUUAA